AUGUCUGGCAACUUCGAUUUCCCAGGUUCCUCUGAUCGCAACAAUCGACCGGGGAGCCCCGCGGAUCGGGCACAGUACCGUACGCGUUUGAACACCCGACUACAACACCUACAAGGCUUACUUGAUGCUCGAAUGUCCCGCUGGCGAGAAACCGCCCGCGAAAGCACUUACAACGUUUUUCAUGAAGAGUUACAGGCCUUAGAGGGCAUCAUCGAUUCCCAUGUCGAGAAUGACUCUGAAAAUAUUGGGGAGCGAAUCGGUUUUGAAAGAGGCCAACAGGCAGAUACUUCUGUCCCUGUAACAACCCAGCCCAGGUCAGAACAAAGCAGAAGAUCGAAUGAACCCACAACUGGGCAAAGACGUCCCCGGAUGGGUGCGGUGGAUCGGCUAAAUAUGGCCAUGGACGCUACCGAUGCUGACACCCGGAGAACCACGUCCUUCGGCGAAUGGGAUAAUCUUCGGCGAGCUGCGGUGCGGGCUUCAGGGACGUCCUUUAACUCUGCUCUUGAUGAGCCUGUUCCCCUGGCAGGACUUUCCCUUCCCGUUUCUCAGGACAGAGCUGCCGAAAGUCGUGGCAGUCGAUGGAGACCGAAAAGGCGCAAAUUGGACUCUGAUGAUAAGAGGGAGGGGAUCCAAGGCUAUAGCUAUGGUCACUUCGGCCAAGUUGUACCGGGCGCUUUGGAGAUGGAGAUUGUCAGCUGUGACGGAGGAACGUAUGAAACAAACGGAGAAAACUCGUAUCCGGAAAAUGUUCUUCUCAACGACUCAUCAGUUUACUGUACCAAAAGUGACCGAUGUAAUUUGAUUCUUCGUCACCAAGGGGAGACACCCUUCUGCCUGAAAAAGAUUGUCAUUAAAGCACCCAAAUCGGGCUUCGACGCUCCCAUUCAAGAAGGGAUGGUCUUUGUCUCAAUGACCUCAGAUGAGCUCUUGGCGCGCACCGCUCAAUACCAAAUUGUGUAUUCCCCAUCUAGACUAAGGUCCCGUCGACGCCGACAUGCUCGAGGAAAUUUUUCUCAGCGAUAUCUAUCCUCAACGAGAUCACCUCUGCAGUCUUUAGAAAGGGCAGCGCUAACAGGCCCGGGAAGCUGGUCAGACUCUGAUAAUGAGCCCACAACACUCUCUUCGAACACCAGGUUCUCCCUCCAUCGAGGCUCCUCGUCUGACUUGCGCAUCACAACCCAGUUUAACGAUAAGUCUGACGAUGAUAUCAAUAAUGAGGAUCCAUCUUCGUUAGCCGAUAUUGACAGAAUGCGCUUAGAACAGUUGGAAUCGGAGGUGAUUUGUCCGGAUUUCGACACCGAUAGCGAUGAUAGUUAUGAAUUGGCCUCUGACUCCCUUCUUCGUGAUCAGCGUCGGCUGCGACGUCGCAUGAGGCAAGUUGUCAAUGCUGUAGAAGCGGUUGGUAAUUUUACUAGCAGGGGCAGACGACGGCUAGUGCCCAGUUUAAUCGAACCCUCAUCUUCGCUGCGGAGCAGAGAUGCCUUGAAUCAUAUCAAUGCAACAUCUUACGACACAGAAGUGAUGAAGCCACAUGCUCGUUUCUUCAUUGAAAAGGAGAAGAGUAUGGUUAGCAUUAAGUUUGAUCCACCUGUAUCUGGAAGAUUCAUUCUUAUCAAGCUAUGGAGCCCUUUUAGUGGAGGGAAUAUUGAUAUCCAGAGCGUGGUUGCCCAUGGCUUCGCUGGGCCUAGGUUCUUCCCGGCUAUGCAAUUCCGAUAG